AUGUCACAAAAGCUCAAUGUUGCUAUCGCGCAGUGUCGCACCCGCGAUACUCUAGCCGAGACACUCAACGCUCUCGAACAAGUCACCAUCAGAGCAGCAAACCGCUCAGCCAACGUGCUUCUCUUCCCAGAGGGAUAUCUAGGCGGAUAUCCUCGAGGCUGCAACUUCGGAGCUGCAAUUGGAUCUCGCAACGAUACAGGACGAGAUCAAUAUCUAGAAUACUUCAAAGCCGCAGUUGAUUUCGGAGAUACCCCCGUUCCAAGCGGAGAUGACUGGGUGGAAAGGAAGCUGCCUGUUGCUGAAGGGAAGAAUUAUAGAGGAGACGGAACUCGAGAGUUCCUUGAGCGAGUGGCUAGAGAGAAUGGCAUGUUGCUUGUCGUAGGGGCUAUUGAAAGGUGUGCUGGGAGUUUAUACUGCGCGGUUGUCUACGUUGAUCCGAAGAAGGGCAUGAUUGGGAAGCGAAGAAAGGUCAUGCCGACUGGAACGGAACGGCUAGUGUGGGCUCAAGGGCCAGCAUCAACUUUGAAAGCCGUCACUACGGAAAUCAAUGGCGUGAAACUUGCUCUUGCAGCAGCCAUAUGCUGGGAGAACUACAUGCCCCUGCUUCGACAGGCUAUUUACCAGCAGAAUGUCAAUCUCUACCUCGCUCCUACGGCUGAUGGACGAGAUACCUGGCUUCCCCUAAUGCAAACCAUUGCUCUGGAGGGCCGUAACGUGGUCCUCAGCGUCAACCAGUGUUUGAAACGCAGCCAUUUGCCUUCCUGGGUCACGAAUGAUGUCAAACGGGAAAGUCAGGACGGCUCAGAUGAUCCUUUCGUCACAGGAGGAGGGGGUUGUAUUAUCAGUCCUGCUGGAAAGGUGCUGGCGGGUCCGAUCUGGAAUGUUACUGAUGAAGAUGACGAGAGCCUGCAGGUAGUUGAGGUCGAUUUUGAUGAUUGCGUGAGAGGAAGGCUGGAGUUGGAUGUUGCUGGUAGUUACUCACGCAAUGAUUCAUUCGAAUUGACGGUUGAAGGGUUGGACUUGAAUCCUCCGCCGCAGUAA